AUGUCCUCUCGUGAUCCUACUCCAAGUUUAUAUCAAACAGCAACACAACUUUCAAUUUAUCAACAAGCAUCAGUUUCUGUUCGAUCAAAACGUGGUCUAUCGUUCAAUCGAGAUUAUUACUAUAAAAAAUUGUGCAAGUUUUUUCGUCUGGUCCGUCAUGCUGUUCGUGUUUGGUUGAUUGUGAGAAAAUAUGCGAUUGAAUCGUCACGAAAUAGUAGAGAGCAACUAUAUAAUAGUACAGAGAUUCUUUUUGAUUUAAGCAAAUUUCGACGACCAGUGGAGGAAACAAUUGGAAGAGAUAUUCGAACUAUUUUAAAAUCAGAUCCUGAGACGAGAACCGAAGAUGAUAUUCGUAUGAUUGCCGUUGGACUGGGACAAACCGUUUCAUCAUUUACAGAAUUUCCUCUUCAACGACAAUAUGCAUUAGCAAGAGUUGCCAUACUAGAAGAAUUUGAAAGAGGUCGAGUGAUUCUUCGUGAAGGACAUGUUGCUGAGAAAUUCUAUUUAAUCGUCGAUGGCAUCACUGAUGUAUACAAAUUACGUGAAAAUCCACAAACACAUACAUUCAGUUCGAGGCUUGUUGCUGUGCUUAAAAAAGGAAGCUCUUUCGGCGAGGUUGCACUAAUCAAUGCUCAUAGGCGAACGGCAACUGUUUGUUGUCAAACUGAUGUGUCAAUGAUUUCAAUCGAACGAGAAGAUUUCAUUAAAAUAUUCAUGGCGAAAGACGCAGCCAGCGAACCAGAUUUUAUUACAUUUCUACGACAACUACCUGAAUUUCGAGGAUUUCCUAUUGAUAAAAUUCCUCAUGAUAAUCCACGUAUUUGCCAAGUUGUUUAUUAUCGCAUGGGCACAUUAAUGAGUAGAGACUCGAACGAAGAUGAAUGGAUUUAUAUUAUUCGUACAGGUUGUUGUCGUGUUAUCAAAGCUCUAACACAAGUUACACCGAAAUUAGUAACCCGCAAAAAACCAAAAGUCAUGUAUGAUAAUUUCAAUACGCAACGUGCUUCGCAAUAUAGUAUAGAAGCAUUGGGCACAGUGGCUAAACCAAAAUCACCAGUAAAACCAGCUAAAUGCUAUACUGAAAUCGAACAAAUUCGAGAAAAAAGUGUUUUUGGUUUGGUAAGCAUCGUUUUUGGACAAUUAAAAAAUGCACUAAGUGUUACAUUAAUCUCUGAUGGAGCUGAAUGUAUUCGAAUACGAAAAAAUUUUUUUAUGAAAAUGACACCACAAAGUUUAUUUGAUCGAUUGCGACGAGAGGUUCGACCUUAUAUAACCGAUGAAGAUCUACAGAAAAAGUUGCAAAGCGAAGUCGAUUGGACAGCGUAUAAACAUUUACUUGUGAAAAGAAUUUAUGAACGAAAUGCAAGAAAUCGCUUGAUAACAUUUAAUUAUUAA